AUGAGUCAGUUAGCAAGUUUGAUGGGGCAACAACAUCAACCAGGAAGGUUGCCUAGCCAAACCGUGGUGAAUCCAAAUGCGGAGCAGAUGAAUGUUGUGACUUUAAGGAGUGGAAAAGAAGUUUUUGAGCAGCCAAGGAUGCAAAAGUGGACUAGAAAAGAUACAAAUGAGCAAGGGGAGCAACAAACCAAAAAUCUUGAGCAAGAUGAGGCUUCAACAGAAACUGAAAAGUCUCCUAAAGAUACAGAAUUGAACAAAAAAGAUUAUGAUAAGGUAAGUAAAGAAGUUCAAAAUUCAUUUAACUCAUGUGUCCCUAUUCCUUUUCCUCGUAGGUUUAUGAAGUCUAAGAAGGAGCAAACUGAUAAGGAAAUCUUGGAUAUUUUCCGACAAGUCCAAGUGAACUUACCUCUUUUAGAUGCCAUAAAACAAGUGCCCAAGUAUGCAAAGUUCCUUAAAGAGCUUUGUACGAACAAGAGAAGAUUCAAUAAUCAAGAAACUGUGGCAUUAAGCGAGGAAGUAUCAGCUGUUUUGCAGAGAAAGCUACCACCAAAGUUGAAGGAUGCCGGUAGCUUUACCAUUCCAUGUGUAAUUGGAGGGAAAGAGUUUGGAAGAGCAUUGUGCGAUCUGGGGGCAUCCAUCAAUCUGAUGCCAUAUUCAGUGUAUGAAUCACUAAACCUUGGAGACUUGAAGGAAACAAAGGUAGUAAUCCAGUUGGCAGAUCGUUCAAAUAGAUAUCCCAAAGGCCUAUUGGAGGAUGUACUUGUGCAAGUGAAUGAACUUAUUUUUCCCGUUGAUUUUUUUGUCCUUGAGAUGGAACAUGACCCUAUGCCUACUGCACUUCCUCUUAUAUUGGGAAGACCAUUCCUUAGAACGGCGCGUACAAAGAUUGAUGUCUACGAUGGUACUUUAACCAUGGAAAUUGAUGGAGAAAACGUCAAGUUCAAAAUCUUCAAUGCUAUGAGGUACCGUAGUGAUUUUGAAUCUUGUUUGUCUAUUGAUGCGUUUGACUAUUUUGUGCAGGAUUGUUUUAAUGAAGGUGUAGGACAAGACAAUUUAGAGAAGGCGUUAGUGCAUAGCAUUACACAUGGAAAACUUAAUUAUUCCGAGCACAUUGAAGAAGAAUUAAUCCAGACAGUGGUAGCCCUUGAGUCUCUUUCACCAAUUCAUGCUAACAACCGGUUCAUCCUUCCAUUGCUUCAUACUCGUCAGCUACAGCAUGCUUACGGUGUGACGAGUGCUGUAGAAGUGGUCGAGGAAUUCCCUUUCAAGCUGGUCCUAGCUGUUGAUGGAUUUGGGCUCAAGGUCGGUGUACCAGUCAAAGUGGCAUUACCUUUCAGUGAGUACACGAAUUGCUUGGCAAGGUAG